AACCGACUUAUAAAAUGUAGUGUACAAAACCGACCAUGGCAUCGUGUUUAUAUACGGGCGAACUGCGAUAAGAUUGAAAUAUUUUGUUAUACAACGAGAUUUACCUCAUUUGACUGAACGAUUCCCGUGCACUAGAAAAGAGAGAACCUACAAAGUUCCUAAUUAGCAUCUAUACAAGUUUGUUUUGUAUUCGCUAUAUUACAGCAAUUAGGCUGGAUAAUAAAAAAAAAAAAAAAAAAACACUGUAUAUCAUUGAAUCGGAAAAUCAAGUUGAUACUUUAACUAGCUUUGUUGAUAGAAGCAAGUUUGCAAGAUGUUUAAGCGAAUGACAGAAGGCAGAGAUAAGUGUCACUUCUAAUGAUGUGUUAUUUUUUUUCAGCCAAACAAAACCAUUUCUGGUACAUCGUUAACACUUUACUAAUAAAAAGCUAUGAAACUGCUUUUUAUAGAUUUUCAUUGCAUUAUUUGUUUCGCCAAGGUUGACACAGAUUUCAAAUUGCUAGUGAAUUAAAAUGGAUAAACACUUUAAGAAGUUAGAUUCUCUCGUAAUUCCAAAUGAAUAAGCGUUACGUUAUAUUAUUACAUUGAUGUGAUUAAACUAUUUUGUUUCAAAUAGAAUUCAAAGUUUACUGACCGAAUAUAAACGAUAAUUGUAUUUUUGUGAACAUGCUUCAAUGUUGUAUACACGACAAAUUUUUAAGUUACUGUGUGAUAAUAGAUAUACACUUAGAUUACCAGGUCAACAAGCUUUGUUUUCUCAAAUUAUCCAUUGCACACUUUUAAAUGAUAUACGUAAUAUUUUUUUUAUCAAACGUGCUAAUAGGCUAAUAAAAAAACGAUUAGCAGUUUUUUGUAACUCGAACUAGAGCGGCAUACUACGACUUUCGUAUGGUGAUUCGAAUAAGUUAACUAUAUAUAUGCACAUAUUCAAAGACACACAUAUACGUUACGGAACUUUUGCAACCGCAGUUAAAGCGCACGGUUUGAGAACAGUUGAUCAUCAAGUUUCAAGGCUGACAUCCCCUCCCUACUCGAUACAGAUGGACGGUUUAGCUGAUGUACGAGCUACGCAUUGAUUCAAUGCGUACUACAGUAAAUAGUAUUACAUAAGCAACGUACGCUAAUAAUGCAAUUGACUAGCCCUUAACUUUCUUAUCGAACUCAACUAGCAAUUCCUUAUGGCGCGUUAUAUAUAUAUGCGCAUCUGUUUGGACAUGUGGACUGCCGAAUAGCUUAACGUGUCGAAGUAUGAAACGCUCAAACAACUUUUUCAACUAUACCAAGACUUUUGCCUCACGCUGUAUAACAGCAACUUUCUUAUCGUUGGUGAACCACUAAAUUAGGAAGGAGCAAAUUCAUCGCGCAUUUUUCGAAAGAAAGCGUGAAGAUCCUCUGGAAGAAGUUCUCGCGAACAGAGCCUCAGUGUGAUGCAGCGUCGUAAUAUUAUUCGAAGUCGUAAUAAAGCUCCUAAUGGAGCCCAUUCGAACGGAAGCCGAAACUCAUAUGACAAAGGAGCAGCAGAUACUUCACCAAAUUUAAAACUGCGCUGUUCAUCUCAAGAUAAUUUUCAUCAAAAUGCUUCAGCUGAUGUCAAUGCAAAUUUACAUGCUCGCAGUAGUCGUGUCACAUCGUCCCAUCAGAGAAACUGUAGAGAUGACGUCUUCCAUAGUCCAGUGCGUGUUGCUCAAAAAUUCAGUUCAAUUGGCCAAUUUUCGAAAUGCUUUCAGAGUAAUUUUGAGAAAUCUAACAAAAGAGGAAAAACACCUUCUCCUGCUAAGGAAACUUUCAAUAUUCCUUUGUGGAAGCGGCUUUUCGUGCAAUGUGAUGAAAAGGAAGUUGAUACGAUAACACAAUUAGAACGUGAUAUAGAAAACGAGCCUCCAGACAUGCUCGUGAUUUCACGAAGUGGUACGCGGCAUCCCAUCAAUAAAAAAGUUCUAGCAAAAAUGUGUGGUUACUUUGAAGCGAUUUGCCGUAGCGGUAUGAGAGAAUUAAAAGUAAAUGAGGUAAUGUUAGAAAUUGAAGAUGAGCUUCUUACAUCCGUCUUCAAAUAUGCAUACAGUGGGGAGGUGACGCUAAACGAAAAUAACGCAAUACAGAUUUACAAGGUGGCACACUAUCUCCAAAUGGAUUCUCUCGUAGAUGUCUGCAGCUACUUCAUCGGUCAACGAAUUCGACAGUUUUCAAAAGAUCUGUAUGAUUUAGGACUGAAAUUCGGGUGCGAAUAUUUCACUCUCGCUGUCGUCGACGCGAUCUGUCGGUCUCCUGAAAUUCUAGAAGACGAAUCGCUCCUAUCUCAGAUGAAUAUAGAUAUGUUUCAAGAUGUUUUUUCCAAUGACAACCUGCUGGUAGAAUCUGAGGAUAAGGCAUGCGAUCUGGUUCUGCAAUGGGUAAGAGCAGCUGACCGCUCCAAAGCAGAUAUUCGAUGUGCUGUCGAGUGCCUACGCUUGCCUCAUAUUACCCCGAUGGCCGAGCGAAAGCUUAAGGAAAUGCUCAGUAGCUACGAAGUUGAGGUGCCACUGUUUACGACCUGCGUGAAACGUAACUUCACCGAUCUGCCUGAAAAGCAGUUAGCGUUUCGGGCCAGUUGCCCGUCCCACGUUCAUAUCUUUUGGAAGGAUGAAAUGGGCAGUGCGGACGGUCCUGUAAACUUCCACAUGACGUGCAUGCGGUUUCGUAACUAUGUACUGUCGAAUUACAUCAUAGAUGCUUCCCAGCACAGGAUCUAUUCAGAAAAUUACGAGUUUCUAGUUGUGGACAACCAGAUAGUCAAGAUCACACAAAAUAAAGAAGAGACAGAGUUGAAGGUGGAGAGCUUAGAAAUAAUGGGCCGUCUCACUUAUCGAACGGUUUUCAAACGUGAAGCGCCACUGUCUGACUUUACCGCUUGUUCCGAUGGUUCACGUUGUGUGAUCAGUUACUUCAAUGGUUUCGGUCGGCCUCCUAAAUUUAAUGCUUGCGACACAACGGACUGGAAGCAAAUCGAAGACUAUUAUGAAGUUCCGUCGGAAAAGUUGCGCUUUAGCCCGCGUGAAAUGAGUUUCUUUGAGGACGUCGUAUUUAUCAUGCGGAACCAGACAAUGUUCAUAUCAGAUCGGCAUGACAAUUCACUCACUGAACUCGAGAUUCCAGAAAAACUGGGCCACAACAAACUCGUAAGCUUUAUCCACGUCAACAAUAAAAUCUACGUCUAUGAAGACAGAAGCAGUGGAGUCAUUCAAAAGCUCUUUAACGAUCGGCUACAUGUCGUCAAUUUGGAAACCAGAGAGAUUGAAGACACCAUCUUAAUCGACUUCCGAGUGAAAGAUCGAGAUAUUCAGCGAGUAUCAGGUCACAGGCCCGGGCGGGUUCGGAAGUUUUUCCGCUUCGAGAAUAGAAUAUACAUUGUUAUCCAGGAGGACGGGAUUGGUAACGCUUUCUUCAUCAGGUUCGAUCCCGGAAAAAAUACUUUCGGUCCAGCCCAGAGCAUCAGGGCUUUUGACUUCAUCAACGGUCCAUCAAAUCGCAUAUUUUCACGCAAGUUCCUCAUGCAGGUACCAACCUACUUCCGCUACUGCCGUCACGAGUCUAUUCUUCAGGCGCAUCUCCGAACUAUAAAAGGGCGAAACCGAGAGCUCGAAAUGGCACUACUUAAAAAAUACGUUUAAGUGAGGAUCAUCCACUACUACAACACUUUGUUAGGGUGUUUUUUUUUUGUUAUUCGUAUUAUUAUGGCGACGUUGGAAAAUGAAAUUUCAUAUCUAAUGAGAAUGUGAUUCGUCUCAUUUGUGAUAUGCAGCUGGGCGUAAAAACUGUGUCCACAUAAACGAGUGAAAAACUAGUGCACAGAGUAAAUGGUAUACUACGAUAGACUCUUGAGCUUUAUGUUGGGUUGCUUACAACAGCUGCGUUGGCUAUGAACUAAUGCUAAUGUUUCUUCUAUAUCCAGAAAAUUUAUACAAAUUAACGAAAUAUUUAACAUGUUAACACGGAUUUAUAGAAAGACGGUUGUCCAAGAAGCUGCGCUGGUAAAAAGGCCUCAUAGGUUGUUGAACAUCGAUCGUAGGAAGACGUCAUUGCUAACAUACCCUGUAUUUAGGCCUACGUAUUAAAUAGAGCAUACUAAAAGAACGGUCAAAACGAUUUUGAUUCGGCGUUAUGGAUUUAUAUAUAUAUAUAUAGUAUCAAAUAGAUAACUAAUGCUUCGAGAAAUCUGAAAUAGCCUUUGGCAUAAUAUGCUUAGUUUAGAGGUUGUUAUAUGCAAAACAGACGAGUAUCUAGCUUAAAGAAUUGAGGUCAAGAAUUUUCAAAAAAGUAAAUAUCUUUGCUUAUUUCAGAAAAAUAGUCGCUACUUGCGCCUCCGCUUUUGCUGUUGUACUAGAUUCGAGUAUCCUAUCCGAUAUGGCGCGAUCGAAACCCCGUAAUGCGUUAAGUAAAAUAUUUUUAAUAAAUAAGAAGGUUUAACGGUAUCUAUCCCCUGUCUCAGGGGGUGCCUUAAAGUGAACUGAGUAGCCAAAUGUUGUGGUUAAAAUGUUACUAGAAGGAUUGCCCUUUCUCCGGAAUUAAACUCAUGGGAUUGUUUUGUGCACGCGUGACACUGUUACAUCUAGCUGCAAAAUGCUUUUUUGUACAACCAAUCAAUUUUGAAUACGUCAGAUCUUAUAAUUAGAUCAGCGAUUUACCCGACUGGAUAGAUCCCGUUUUAACGGAGCGAUUUACACUUGUGCAAGUUUCUGUGGAUCAACCGAAUCAGUCUGAAUUGCUAGGCAUUGGUUUAAUUUUACCUUUUGACCUAAUUUGUGCAAUCAAAGGAAAAAAAUAACCAUGACGAAGCACCUGCCCGAUACAAUGUAAUACUGUUUUAGAUGAGAGCUGCUAGAAAAAAAGAAAGCGAAUGUAAGUUAGUUAAUAAAUAAAAAAUGAAGUGCACUGAAACAUGGUUAACAUAAAGCA